UAACCAGUCGCUUCUGUAUAUCUCUCUCUCUCUUUCUGUAUCUAUAGUUGAAUUUUGCCAGUCUCUGAUACUUCUCGUGAUUACCAUUUCAACCUUUUCUUCCUUUCUCUUUCCUCCUCAUUCACUCCCUCUUUCCCUUUCUACCCACACCACGCCCCAACUUUCUCUCUUCUCUUUCUCUUCAAACCCUAGGCAUUCUUAAUGAUUCCCGCCGCUUGCUUCUGAAGGAUUUUAACUUUUGGGUUUUUGGGGUUCUUGGGUUGGUUCUUCUCUCUGUUGUUGCCGUGUUCUCCGCCUUUGAUUCAUUGGGUUUCAGGACUUGGAUACUUCAUUUGCUAAUCAAUUAGGGGGAUUCUCAUCAGCCCAUUGAUUCUGCAGAGAACUAUGACCGGAGAGAAAUACGGAGGCUUUGCUAUGCAGUUCCCGGUUUCUGUGCUAUGUUCUCUAGAUGUCUCAUCUUUAGAUAUGGGCUGACAUAUUAACUUUAUAGGUUCUAUUUAUUUCUUCAUCAUAUAUGUCAAGUAUGGAUGCCUCUUCCAGUACAUGUGAGAUUGUGGAAUCAAGAGAAGAGAUUAUUUCUGAGUUCAGAAUGGAUGAAAAAGCUGAGAGUAGUUGUGCCCACAGAUCAAGGAAAAAGGGUUCUGUAGAGGAUGAUAUUGAUCGUCUCUUCCAAGCUAUUGACUUCAAAAAUUCAGCUAGAGGUUCUAGUACACCACGUUCUCAAAAGAGUGCUCUUAAAAGGCCAAUAAAAGUUAGUUCAUCUCAGGCAUCAGGAAUUGGGAUUGCAGAGCCUGUAAGUUUAAAGCAGGCACUUAGAGGACUUUGCAUAUCUCAGGCAUCAGAGAUGGCUGCUUUGAAGCGACUGUCAAAGCCGUCCAGUUCGUCAAGAGCAUCUGAGGCGGGAACUAUUAAGAAACUGUAUACAGCUGUGGUAGAUGAGGGGAAAGGGAACUUGGUGGAAAUCUCCCUUGUGCCUGAGAUUUCUGGACCUUCUGGUAAAAUGCCUAGGGAAGAUAAGUCUAGUUCUACUGCUGAUCAUUCUACUCAUUUUGUUGAUGUAACAAAUCCAAAAACAGUCACAACCAGGGUAGCAUCCCGGGAUCAGAUUGUUCCUCUUCAAUCGGAAGGUGAAAGUGAGAAGUUAGUUGCAGUUGCCGGAAAACCAGUACUUCCAAAUGCAUCUACAGUUGAUUAUGAAAGUGAGGAAAUGUCUGAGGUCAAGACUGUUUCUGCUUCCUCAAGCAAAGCUUCCCACUGUCCUACUAUGCUAGAUAAGGGCCAGGAAGUAGAGUUACAUUCUGAAGCUAAUCAGCCAAGCUCUAGUACGAGCAGUGGGGUGGAGAAAUCCACAAGCAGUACUACUUGUUUGGCAAAGCCAAUGUUCAGGAACAUGAGCUUCCUUAGGAAAAAGGUAAAGCAAGAAUUAUGUUCUACCUCUAGUGGCUCCACACAAUGUACCAGAAAAGUUGACAAUGACUUGGAUCCUAGUACGAGUAAUUUGAACAAAGAGACCGAUAAAUAUAAUUCGAAGCAGGAAAUGAAAGAAAAUGAUAAAUUGUCUCCCAGCAGUUCAAAUCAUAGUGUUGAAGUAAAUUCAAAUAAUGUGGGUGCAGAUUCAAUCAAAAGUGGUUUCAGUAUGAAUUGCAGUAAGAAAACUAAAUUUCUAGUGACAAAAAUUGAUGAAAAAUCAAGAUCAAAAGAAAAGGGUGAAUUUUCCCAAAGCUCAAAAAGCAGCAUUGGUGAGUAUAGUAGUAGCACAACGACAAGCAUAAGUGAAGAGAGCAAUCUGAGUGGCUCUAGUCGCAGUGGUCACAGGCCUCACAUGUCAAAACACUUGAGAUGGGAAGCUGUUCGUGCUGUUCAGCAGCAGCAUGGGAACUUAAGUUUGAAACACUUCAAGCUGCUCAGGAGGCUUGGUUGUGGGGACAUUGGAACUGUUUAUCUUGCAGAACUAAUUGGUACAAGCUGCCUUUUUGCCUUGAAAGUGAUGGAUAAUGAGUUUUUGGCCAACCGGAAGAAAAUUUUCAGGGCCCAGACUGAGAGAGAGAUCCUGCAGAUGCUGGAUCAUCCUUUUCUUCCAACACUCUAUGCCUAUAUUACAACUGAUAAGCUCUCUUGCUUGGUUAUGGAGUAUUGCCCAGGUGGAGAUCUACAUGUGCUGCGCCAGAGGCAACCAUAUAGGAGUUUCUCAGAACAAGCAACCAGGUUUUAUGUUGCUGAAGUUCUUCUUGCCCUGGAGUAUUUGCACAUGCUAGGAGUCAUAUAUCGAGACUUGAAGCCUGAAAAUAUCCUUGUUCGAGAAGAUGGCCACAUUAUGCUGACGGAUUUUGACUUAUCACUUAGGUGUUCUGUGAAUCCCACGUUAGUCAAGUCAUCUUCGCCGGAUGUGGAAUCAACAAAGAAGAUGUCCAGCCCUGUUCAGAGGCCAGCUGCAUACACCCUUUCU